GUUUUCCACCCCCGAUCCGGAGCUAGGAAAAUACGUCAAAUCCAUUGCUGGUGCUGCUGUUUUCCUUGGCAGUGACCUCCUCUCACGCGAAAUUUAGUUGUCUCCGAUUGUCUCGAAAAUGUUGCUCAAGGAUAUCGCCCGCUUCUCGCUGCAACAUCGCACACUUUACUGUUAUUUAAUUUUAAGCAUCUGGAUCUUUUUGCUGAUUGCGGGGAUGUACAAAUACAUUGGGUCAAUCGAAGCCAGCAAUAGUGUGUUGAGUUCAAAGACUUUUCUGUUCAAAAAGCAGCAACUGCUGUUGGAGGAGCAAGAUCGGAUUCGGGCCAAGAAGAUCAACGAUGAGGACUGUAACCAUCCGCCGCAGAUCGGGCUCGGAGAGGAAGGUGGUACACUGGAGGGGUGGUCCUUGCAGGGGGUGUUACUCUUGAUACGUCACGGUGACCGUGGGCCGAUGACCCACGUGCGUGGUAUCGAUUCGGUGGAUUGUGGCUUUGAGGGUGAUUCAGUGCUGACCAGGUACAACCACUACUUGACCAAUAGUAGUUCCAGCACUACGGCUGGUCACUGGAUGAAGACUGGUCCAUUCCAUGGCUUCCCACUGCUUCCGUCCAGCCCUAGAGCGUGUUUGCUGGGGCAGCUAACGCAGAAAGGGGUCGCCCAGUUGCUCAGGGUUGGUGACGUGAUUCGGCAAGCUUACGCCCACGCGUUGGCCCUGUACACGAGACCACCUGCGCACACCAGCACUAGCAGCAGAACCACACCUUACAACGCUUCCGAUACGACCAACAUACCGGCCAUGUACAACACGGACGAUAUCGUAAUCUACUCCACACGGUACCGCCGGACGUUCCAGUCGGCUAUGGCGCUCAUGUUCAGUCUGGUUCCCCCGGAAAAGUGGCAAUACCUUCAAAUCCAGGAAAGUCACAGCUUGUCAUUCUGCUUCGCGGACUGCGCCUGUCCCCAAGCAGACAACUUGAAGAAACAACUCGACAAAGACGGCAAACAGGUUCUCGGAGCGCACCCUGCCAUCGGAGCCAUCGUCCAGUGGAUGGGAGCCACCAUACUACAAAAUCAACCCACAGUCGGACAAUCCAACCCACUCGAAGUCCGCGAUGCCAUCUUGUCACACAUAUGUCACGAUGCACCACUCCCGUGUCGUAAGAUCUCCCUCAACCCCCAAGAACCCCGUCUAACCAGCAGCAGUACCCAAGACCCGCAAGACGUGAUCAACAUCGAUCAGGACGACAUCACGUUCAACCAACCGCCCCCUAACACCGAAGAACCGGACGACGUCGACCCUACCGGAGACCAGGAACCGGACAUCGAGGGUUGCGUCGAAAAGAGCCACGUGGCCGCCCUCAUGUCCUACACCCAGUGGGCCGGCCUCAAAGAGUGGAAAAGCCUCAAAAUGCGCCAGCAGGGCCUACUCCGUGCGUACGGCUUCCUGCGCAACAUAGUAGGCUACAUGCUCAAGAUGAUCUCCGGCGACAAGGUCAAGUUCGUGCUCUACUCCGGCCACGACAAAACUAUGGAGUACCUAAUGGCCGCUCUCGCACUGUCCUCCGAAACCCCGUUCAUCCCGUACGCUUCCCGGCUCGCAUUCGAAGUGUACAAGAGUGACAAGGACACCCAGUUCUACUUCCGCCUGCUGUACAACGGACAGGACGUCACCAACACGAUCGCGCUGUGCGAGGGUGGCAAGAGUCUCAGCGUACCACGUGGCAUUCGCGGGGAUCGCGCAAAUCUCUGUCCGAUCGAGAACAUCAUUCGCUUUCUCCACGACGAUUACUUUCUUCCGCUGAACGCUACUAACUUUAAGGACGCUUGUUUGGCACAAAGAGACGGUUACUUUUAAGUUGUUGACGUGUUGUUACAAGAAAGUUAUUGUUCCAGUUUUAGGUUUGAUCUGUGAUACAAAAGAAACGUGUUUAGUAUUAAAUGUAAACAAUCAGUUUAGUUGAACGAGAUGCAAAAGACGAACGGAGAACGAAGUCGAGUUUGACCUACAUGAAAACAUAUCAUUUUGCAAGUGAAUUAAGAUUUAGGGAAAAUCAAAGUAAAUAUAUUUACAUAUGUCAUAAGAAAGCAAGUGGGUGAAUGGGAUUUGUUAGUGUAAUUUAUAUUUCAGGUCGCUAAUAAAAAUGCAAUUGAAUGGCA